AGAAGUCUCUUUUAAAAACCUAACACUAACCCUUCCUCUCUUUGCCGAGCGUAUCUGCGCAGCUGCAGCCACACAGGAAGCUCCUUGGCGUUUCAACUGAAGAACCAUCCGCAGGUAAGUCAUGGUUAAGCAUAACAACGUGAUCCCAAAUGGGCACUUCAAAAAGCACUGGCAAAACUAUGUGAAGACUUGGUUUAAUCAACCAGCAAGGAAGACCAGAAGACGGUUAGCUCGGCAGAAGAAGGCUGUCAAGAUUUUCCCCAGGCCAACUGGUGGACCUCUGAGGCCUGUUGUUCACGGUCAAACUUUGAAAUACAACAUGAAAGUAAGAGCUGGGAGAGGAUUUUCUCUUGAAGAGUUGAAGGCUGCUGGUAUUCCCAAAAAACUUGCUCCAACUAUUGGCAUUGCUGUUGAUCAUCGCCGCAAGAAUCGUUCUUUGGAGAGUAUGCAGGCUAAUGUGCAGAGGCUGAAAACUUAUAAGGCCAAGUUGGUUGUGUUCCCAAGACGGGCACGCAAGGUCAAGGCUGGUGAUUCUAGCCCUGAAGAACUGGCAAAUGCCACUCAAGUUCAGGGUCCAUUCUUGCCCAUAGUGAGGGAGAAGCCAUCUGUUGAUCUUGUUAAGGUAACAGAUGAAAUGAAAGCAUUCAAAGCAUAUUAUAAGCUUCGUCUGGAACGCACCAACAAACGCCACUAUGGUGCCCGCCUAAAGAAAGCUGCUGAAGCUGAAAAAGAAGAUAAGAAAUGAUGUCCUUGAGAAGCUAGUUUGUAAUCCAUAUUGUAGUUGGGAGAAAUUUUUGUUUGAGAUUCUGCACUUUAGCUUUAUGAUGAUCAUGAGUUUUAAAAUAUCACUCUUACAGUUUUUUUGUCGAACUCAAGUCUGUUAAUUGAGUUAUUACUCUUGUUUUGUUUUUCUUUGAUCUAUCCUCUUUUUGGUU